CUAUCUUUCUCUCAGAUUUUACAGGCAAAUCGAUUUGAUUUCAGUCGAAGAGACACACAAAGCUUUCAAUUGUGUUCAUCGUCUCUCAGGUUUCAGUAUCUGUUCUCUCUAAGUUGUAUUGAUGGGUUCUGAAGGACCAACGGGUGUGACGAUUCAUAUCACAGGGUUCAAGAAGUUCCAUGGAGUUGCUGAGAAUCCUACUGAGAAAAUGGCGAACAGCCUGAAAGAAUAUUUGGCUAAGAAUAGUGUGUCGAAAGAUUUGAUUCUUGGAAGCUGUACUGUGCUUGAGACGGCUGGUCAGGGAGCUCUUGCUUCUCUUUAUCAGUUGUUACAAUCUGCGGUUAAAACGGAAGAAUCAGAGUCAUUGACCGGAAAAACCAUCUGGGUUCACUUUGGAGUUAAUAGCGGCGCUACGAAAUUUGCAAUUGAGCAACAGGCUGUGAAUGAAGCGACUUUUCGUUGCCCUGAUGAAUUGGGUUGGAAACCUCAGAAUUUGCCAAUUGUUCCUUCUGAUGGUCCAAUUUCAACUGUAAGAAAGACUACUCUUCCAGUUGAAGAUAUAACAAAGGCUUUGGGGAAUAAGGGCUUUGAGGUGAUAUCAUCAAAUGAUGCAGGUCGAUUUGUGUGCAACUAUGUCUAUUACCACUCUCUGAGAUUCGCGGAGCAGAACAAGACCAAAUCACUCUUUGUUCACGUUCCACUUUUCGUUGCCGUGGAUGAAGAAACUCAGAUGAGAUUCACGGUUUCUCUGCUGGAGGUACUCGCUUCUAUUUGCAAGUAAUGUUAUCCCAAAUGUGGAUAUUCUUGUUCAUGAAAUGCGCAAUCAUGGACUGAUUUGUCUCCCCAUGAAAAAUUCGCCUAUCAAUAAAUGGAAUAUAAGUUCACUUCUCUA